UCAACACAAUUACUUAUCAAUACCUUCGAACUCCCGUUCCAAAGAAAAGUUUGCACAACAUUAGGAAACAUAUUACUCAGCCUAAUCUAGUCAGAAAACUCUACCUGCACUGGCUGCAUCGGCUUUACGACUUCGAAGCCUAUAAUUGAGACGACCUUCAGAGCUUUCUAUCAGAAUCACACUCCUCUCGGUCUUUAUCUGCACGUUCACGGAAAAUGUCUUCAUCUGAUUCCGACGAGUUCGAGGUCAUUGACCAACUCGAAGCCAGCCUCUCACCAAAAGAGCUCGCAAAGGUCCAGGCAUGGCUUGAGCCCACCGAUUACAAUGCACAAUCGAGCGAAUUCCAUCGUCACUUGAGCUCACAGGCUCCUGGCACUGGACUUUGGAUAUGUGAAACUUCUAAAUAUCAGCAAUGGGAGAAGUCGACUGAGUAUGGAAGCUUGUGGAUCAAAGGAGUUCCCGGGUCGGGAAAAUCCGUGACCGCAGCCUCUAUAGUUGAGCAUUUGCAAGAGAAGUCCAACACUCCAAUCUUGUACUUCUUUUUUCGAUAUAUCAUCUCCGCCAACAAACGUCCUCGAAGUCUGGUCAAAGAUUACCUUGCGCAACUGCUUCCCUUCAGUAUUCGGCUUCAAGCAACUCUGGAAUCCCUAACGACUACGGAUCUGGAUGACUUUUCUGACGAAAGAUUGUGGGAAUAUUUGCUGAUUGGUUUGACUUCUGUCGAAAAUGCUUAUUGCGUGGUGGAUGCAUUGGACGAGAUGGAAUUACUGCCUAACGAUUCAUUCUUGUCACGACUCAACAAUUUAGCAACUUUUCGACCAAACAAUGUGAAGCUCAUCGUUACAAGUCGGCCAGAACAAUACCUUCAGAAGAGCUUGAAUGAUACUUCUAUCGUUCAUAUCAGCCUUGAAGAAGACCUAGUUGGAAAGGAUAUUAUCCUCUUCCUGUCUCAUCGCCUCCAAAGUCUCAUCUCCCAAAGCGACCAGCAGAGCUUGAGAGACUCACUGGUUUCAGCUAUAUCUGAGCGAUCCAAUGGCCUUUUUCUGUAUGCUCGUCUUCUUCUGGAUCAAAUUGCACCUCACUUGGGAUCGACGCAAGUAGAUGUUAACGAACUGGUGAAGAAUAUUCCCAUUAGCCUGGAAGACAUGUACAACAGCAUGCUCUUUCACAACGCUACAUCUCUCAAGAUUGAUAUCGAGAUCCAGAUGUUUAUCCUCGAACUAGCUACGCAUGCAUCACGCGCCCUCAGACUGAACGAGCUAGCAAGUGCCUUGGCUUCCGCGUUUCCGACUUCAAUGAUCCCAAUGGCUCCAAAACUUCUCACACGGUCAGCCUGUGCACCACUUCUCGAAAUCUUGGAAGACGAAACUGUUCAAGUUAUACACCAUUCAUUCACUGAGUUCUUGUUGAAUGAAGAGCGAAGCCUUGACGAGGAGAACUCAGGCCCGCAAUUUCCUGUUUUGAACACUUCUCAUGUUCACAGGAAAUUGACAAUCGUCUGUUUGGAUCAUUUGCAAUCCGGUGGAUUGAGAUUGGAAAAACAGACUUUGGAAACAGGAAAAGGAACCGCCACUAAGCAGAGACGAGGCCGGCGGUUCCCUGAGGAGAAUACAGUGGAUCGAGAAAAUUAUCAAGAGGCGAAGUUGUUCAAUCCAUUCUUGGAGUACGCAGUGGAAAACUGGGCGUUCCACGCCAGCAAAUAUGAUUUUGAGGAUGAUGGUUUCUUUCAGUCCAUCGAGAAAUUCCUCAAUCAUGACAGCAUCGAUUUCAAGAAGUGGUUGAAGCUAGAAUGGAUUGCAGGAACAGAAGAUUGCGCAGCACCGGCACCUCUCCAUGUCGCUGCAUUUUCUGGCCUCACGGCAUACGCCAAAAAACUUCUUGGAGGAACCGCGGUUGAUAUUCGGGACGGUGAAGAUCGCACACCAUUGCACUGGGCCUGUGCACGAGGACACGUCUCGAUGGUCUCUCUCUUGCUAGGCAAUGGUGCAACACCUGACCCUGAAGAUUGCCGUGGGGUCAAGCCCAUCCACGAGGCAGCGAGGAAAAACUACGCGAGUAUUGUCAAGGCUUUACUAGAUGCGGGAGUAGAUCCUCUCAGCCCAAAGGAAAAAGAGAAUGUGUCACGAAGGUUAGUAUGCGGCGAUGUUUCAACCAAAGGAGAGACCGCAGUCGAAUAUGUGUGUCUGCAGGGUCAUACGGAUACAGCUAAGAUCAUGUUACCAUUUCUAUCCUCAGCAGCGACAGAAGAAAUGUUCUGCCAAUGUUGUCGCCAUGGUAAAUAUGAGGUAGCAAGAGCUAUUCUUAACGCAACGAAAGUAUCGCCGAAUUCAAAAUCUAGCGGUGCUACGGCACUUUAUCUUGCGUGCCAGUCUCACAGUGUUCCUCUUGUUAGAAUGCUCCUGGAGAACGGGGCAGAUGUUCAUCAGACUUCAAGGUGGAAGUAUAAGACUAGACAGAGCUGCGGUAGAAGAGUUGUUGAGGAGCCGCUGAGGACACCUAUUCAUGCUGUCCUUUAUAAAUGGGACACAGCUAACAACACUGCUUGUCAAAAUAUAUUACGUCUCUUACUCGAUGCUGGCGCCGAUAUUGAAGCAAGAGACGGCAAUGGAGAUACUCCUCUUCUCAGUAUAUUCGGACAUCGUCGACGCACCUCUUUUGAGAUUGCUGCCCUCACAAGUCUCUUAGAAUCCGGGUCAGAUGUGCUAGCCAUCGAUUCAAAGGGUGAUUCUGUCCUCCAUCGCUUUCUCGAUAGCUCACAUGAUAUCCAGUCUUUAAAGAUGCUCUUCCAGCAUGGAGCUCGGGGUGAUGUCAUCGGCAAAGAUGGAGACACAAUUCUUCAUACAGCAUUACAUCCAACAUCUCGAGAUGGUAGCUCCCGAUACACGCUCGAUCUUGUGAAGAUUCUUCUAGAUAUGAAAGCACGUUGUGAUGUGAAAAACGAGCAUGGAUCAACCGCUCUAGAAGUUGCAGCCGGUACUCGCGGUUGCGGCUUGGAAAUGGUCAAGACGCUGCUCCAGGCCUGCUCUGAUAAAGAUAUUAUUCAACGUUGUCUCUGGCAUGUUUCCACUCGGAAAACAAAGGAAGAAACAGUCGAGCUCAUUCGCACUCUUCAAAAGUUUGGUGUAUCAUUGGAAGAUCGUAAUGAUAAAGGCGAGACUGUAUUGCUUGCUCAAGUAGCGUGGGAAGAGCUGUUCGAUGCGUUUGUCGAAUGCGGUGCAGAUUGGAAAGCUAUUGAUUCGAGAGGUAGGGGUGUCCUUCAUCACUACACCUUGAAUUGCCACAAUAAUUCUACUCCACAACGGUUACAGAGAUUGGAAGGUAUGGUAGACAUGGGUUUGGAUCCAUUGCAGGUUGAUCACGACGGGAAUACUCUGCUUCACGUUCGAGCAGCAAUCUACAAAGGCGAAGAGCUCGAUCGCUUGUUGGUUCAAAAGCUCUUGGACUUCGAAGUUUCAGGCAAUGCCAAGAAUAAUAAAGGGAUGACACCACUCCAUGUCUACUUCGAGAACUGGGAUUUUCAUAGACCCACCACCACAGUCCGCAAAGCCUUGAAUGAGCGAUUCCACGAGCAUUUUAAGAUUUCAUUACUGGAGAUAUUUAAAAGAAAUCCCGAAGUUGUAGAUAUUAAUGCCCAAGAUGCCGAGGGUGUGACACUACUUCAUUUAGCAGCCAUGCGGUCUGAAGCUCGAUUGUUCUAUUUGCUUGAAGAAGGUGCAGAUCCUUCUAUCUUAACAAAAGAUGGUCGAAAUGCUCUCCAUCUAGCUUGCCGAGCACGCGAGGGAAAUGUUGUUGAAUACCUGAGCCAUAACUUCAUGACGAUGAUCAAUCAACGCGACAUACAUGGAAGAACACCUCUUCAUGAUGCCUGUGCAUCAGGCCUUCUGGAAUCUGUCCGUUCUCUUCUGAAGGCUGGGGCAGACAUCACCGCCGUAGACAACAACAAGAGAACUCCUCUUCACGCAUGUGCUGAAUAUGCCGACGAAGAGAAGCUAUGGAGUUUGCUAGCUCGUCACAACAAGGAGUCUAGCUAUUGUCUUCGAGAUCGAUUCAGGCCCGCCCGCUCCACACCGCCAUCUUACCAGCAAUGGCAUGAAAUUCCUAGGCGAGGACCAACUAAGACUCUAUGCUCAUCAACUACUACAUCUACAGAGCAAUACAGUUUCAACAUUGGCCACAUUGUCAAAGCUCUCCUCUCCGCUGGGAGCGCUACUGAAGCGACUCGCCAGAACAUUCAUAAUCAAACACCUCUGGACAUGGCCAUUGAGUAUGACUGCAAAGAAAUGGUGCAGGCAUUGGAGUCCUCGAUUGUACAAGUUCAAGAUUACCGGAAAUUAGAAGUUGGAGAUCGUAGACUGGAAACGCUAGCUGCAUUGAGAAGGCCAAUGUCAGUUAGGGAGCUUGACGAGUCAGCGUGCCAGGAAAUUUUGCAGAAUCCAUCGUUUUAUCUUCCUUAUCUUACUCCGAGCAACGUGGAGUGGACAUUGCAACAAUGCAGAGAACCUACUGGCGCGGGCGAACCAACAUCUGCCUUAUCUACGUUGUUACCAUUUUUGUGUGUAGCCGUAGCGAGUGGCUUUGCCGAGUCAGUCGAGAGUUGUGGUUCUCUAGCUCGAAUCAACGAUGAUCCGAAGGCUGUCCUAGCUCGAAUUCAAGACGAAGCAAAAGUGCCUGAAGAAUAUUCACCGAUAUACUCGACACCCAUGCUCAAUAUAGCAUGCUCCAGAAAGCUACCAAACAUGGAUACGAUCAAGGUGCUCAUCGAGAAAUGCGGUGUGGAUGUUAACGCUCGUGCCUUGGUCAAAUCAAGGGAAUGGGCCAACCCCGUUGACUCCAUAGAAGGAGGUACCUCUCUACAUGUCCUCGCAAAAGCUCAUUGUUGGUGGCAGCUCGAAGCACUCAACUAUCUUGUACAAAAUGGCGCCAACAUCGAAGCAGUCAACGAGAAAGGCGAGACACCUUUGCAUGUGGCUUGUACCGGACCAACAUAUGUCGACAUGAACUGCACAAAUGCUAUCUAUGGAUACUGGAGGAUCGAAUUCGUCAACGCACUUCUCGAGCUUGGCGCCGAUGUCAAUGCCCUCGACAAUAGCGGCCUUUCUUGUUUGCACAAAGCUAGUUCUUCUCCGACCAUCAUGAAGAUACUUUUGAAGCAGGGUGCAGAUCCCACUGCUGGAAGUACUUCACCUAUUUUCUCCGCAAUCCAGAUUCAGUGCCUGGAAACACUUUCGACAUUGCUCGAUGCAGGCAUUAGUCCCAAUGCCAUUGACACCAGUGCGGAGUCUGAAGGCUUUAAACUACACUAUCUUGUCAAGAACCAAUCUCGUUCCGCACUAUUCUGUACUGCCUUUGCCAGUUUACACAAUCAACGGCCCAAGCACUCCUCGCCAGUAGCGAAAUUGUUGAUCGAAAGAGGGGCAGAUAUCUAUCAUCGGCUCGACGACACAGAUACUCUGAUACAUUACUUCUUUGAGAAUGCUGAGUAUGAGCUAGUCUGUGCUUUCCUUGACCAUGCGUCGAAAAUUGACUUCGACACUCGAGACAGUCAGGGACGUACUGUAUUCCUGGCUGCCUGUGAUUGGAAACUAUGUCUGCCUUUUGAGCAUCAUGAUUGGGAGUUUAAAGCAGUCACCCCAUUUCUCACAAUCCUUGAGUUUGGCGCCGAUCUUUUCGCAGUUGACAACGAUGGCCGAAAUGCUCUACACCACCUUCUUGACAACCCUGACAUAGAAGAACCGGCAAUCAAACAAUUCCUCGCUCAUGAUGCCGCCAAGACUAUGCUUCAUCAGAAAGAUAACAAAGGUUUCACGCCUCUUCACUGUGCCUUGAGGACACUCCGCCCUGCCAUUGUUGAAGUGCUCCUUUACAUGGGCGCAAAUCUGCAGAGUCCAGAUCCAAAUGGCGCAACCGCAUUGCAUCACAUAGCAGCACAGUGCCUACAAGUCAAAAGACCCUCGAAGAAAACUUGGUCCGGUGCUCACGAACCCGAAUAUUACAGCGGUCUCCUCGCUCUGUGGAAGAAGUAUCUUGCUAUGGGAGGUUCUAUCAACGUCCGUGACAAUGCAGGAUCACCACCCCUUUUCUGGUACAUGUCAUCUAGUCAACGCGACGAUUAUAACGCGGCCAAGGAUGGUUGCUGCCAUAUGGAGCACUUCGAUACUUAUUUCUUCGAAGAUGUCAAUUUGAACGCGAGAAACAAUAAUGGAGAGAAUGUGUUGCAUAUCAUUGCAAAACGAGAGAAGAAUAGCUGGACGAAACCGGAGCACGAUAAACAGUUGUAUGCGUUCCCCGUCAGGAAGGGCAUAAGUCCAUUGGAUGAAGAUGGAAAGGGAAGGAGUAGUUUGGAUAUUGCGGCUGCUUGUGAGCAGAAGGGUAUCUUGGAGUUGUUUCAGCAUAAGAAGGAAUCUGUGCGGAAUAGUGGUCACACACAUUCACACUGAAUAUCCCGAUUUGAUUGCUGGAAAAAUGUCUGAAGGAAAGAUUUCAUUUUUUGAGAGAGAGGCCGUCAUUCAAGUAUUACAAAAAGUUGUUGGGUGUCUCAUAUUAUAUCGCUGGCGUUUCUUAUCAUUUACUUACAAUUUGAAGAGAAAAUCCUAUUUGAUUAUACUUGC